AUGAUUACCACUCUCAAUAACUACUGCUUGUUGUACAAUUCGCGCUACGAAUUAUCGCACCCAGAUAACUCCAUACCAGUGAACCGGUUUGUAACUCCGCUUCAUAUCGUACCUGAAUGGUACUUUUUAGCAUAUUAUGCGGUGUUAAAAGUAAUCCCAUCCAAAACCGGUGGUUUGUUAGUAUUUAUGUUAUCAACAUGUCAAUGA